UGAGUUCGCCUUCGGGAAGCCUGCUGUAGGUUUCAUUGCCACUGCAAUGACUAAAAUAAAGUCAGAUCCCGAUGGGUCCGAGGCUCCGGUGGAGGCGUCCGGCGGAGAGCGCACUUACCAUGAGCUGUUGGUUAACCUGAACCCCAUCGCGCAGCCCCUGGCCUCCCGCCGCCUCACGCGAAAGCUUUACAAGUGCAUUAAGAAAGCGGUGAAACAGAAGCAGAUUCGGCGCGGCGUGAAGGAGGUUCAGAAGUUUAUUAACAAAGGUGAAAAAGGUAUCAUGGUUUUGGCAGGAGACACACUACCUGUUGAGGUAUACUGCCACCUUCCAGUUAUGUGUGAGGACCGGAACUUGCCCUAUGUCUAUAUCCCCUCUAAAACGGAUCUGGGAGCAGCAGCCGGCUCCAAGCGCCCUACCUGUGUGAUAAUGGUCAAGCCCCAUGAGGAGUACCAGGAAGCCUAUGAUGAGUGCUUUGAGGAGGUCCAAGCCCUGCCCCCACCACUGUGA